UUCUCUUUUUAAAUAACUUCACCAGAAAAAGAGAGAGGAAGCGAGUCCCUGAAUUGAAAUUUCAGAAGCACAUGACUUUGGCUUCAAUGUUGUGGAGAAUACUGAUCUGGGCUCUGAUAUCCGCGGUCUUCGCCCGAAUUCUCAAGUUACUCUCCGUAGCGGUGAUCGGAGGUCGGAGGAACAGAAAGAGGGCCGUAGGCUUCUUCCACCCCUACACCAACGACGGCGGCGGCGGAGAGCGAGUCCUCUGGUGCGCCGUCAAGGCGAUCCAAGAGGAGCAGCCCGAUCUCGACUGCAUCGUCUACACCGGCGAUCACGAUGCCUCGCCCGACUCUCUUGUGGCUCGAGCCAUCGAUCGAUUCGGUGUCAAAUUGCUUUACCCUCCCAAGGUGGUGCACUUAUACAAAAGGAAGUGGAUUGAAGAAACAACUUAUCCUCGCUUCACUAUGAUCGGUCAAAGCAUGGGAUCAGUUUAUCUCUCCUGGGAAGCUUUGAGCAAGUUUACCCCUCUGUAUUAUUUCGACACUAGUGGAUAUGCUUUCACGUAUCCAGUUGCCCGGAUGUUUGGAUGCAAAGUUAUUUGCUACACACAUUACCCAACAAUCAGCUUAGACAUGUUAUCUCGUGUGCGUGGGAGGAGUUCAACAUAUAAUAAUGAUGCCCUAAUUGCUCGGAGCAUUUGGCUCUCUCGGUGCAAAGUAAUCUAUUACACAUUCUUUAGCUGGAUGUAUGGGAUUGUUGGUUCUUGUGCACAUCUUGGAUUGGUGAAUUCUUCGUGGACCCAGUCACAUAUUGAAAAGCUUUGGGGUAUUCGGGAGCGAAUUAAGCGAGUCUAUCCUCCUUGUGAUACUUCAGGACUUCAGUUGCUUCCAUUGGGAAGACCUGUUGAAUCUCCAACAAUUAUAUCUGUUGCUCAAUUCCGUCCAGAGAAGGCACAUGCACUUCAACUUGAGGCAUUUUCAGUUGCCAUUAGGAAAAUAGAUGACGGCAUGCCUAGACCCAGGCUCCAAUUUGUGGGUAGUUGCCGGAAUAAGGCAGAUGAGGAAAGAUUACAAAAUUUGAAGAACCUGGCUAUUGAUCUGAAGGUGGAAGAGGAUGUUGAGUUCUACAAGAAUGUGAUGUACAGGGACUUGGUGAGACUUUUGGGAAGUGCUGUUGCAGGGAUCCAUUCGAUGAUAGAUGAGCACUUUGGCAUAAGUGUCGUAGAGUACAUGGCUGCAGGUGCCAUACCAAUUGCUCAUAAUUCUGCUGGCCCGAAGAUGGACAUUGUGUUAGAAGAAGAUGGACAGAAAACCGGAUUUCUUGCUCAAAACGUGGAAGAGUAUGCAGAUGCCAUCCUAAAGGUUCUCAAAUUGCCAGAAGAAGAGAGGCUCAAGAUGGCUGCCGCUGCAAGGAGUCGGGCUAUGAGGUUUUCAGAAGAGAGAUUUUAUGAAGACUUUAAGGCAGCAGUUCGGCCAAUUCUGUGCAAAUCUUCACAAUGAUGGAAAAAUAUAGCAUCUUAAUGUUAGCCUAAAGGGAUCUGAUUAUUUGUUUUCCCCUUCUCCUAACAAUCCACCGAGGAAAAAAGGUGGAGAAUUUUAUUUUGAAAAUUUUGUCCGGUGAAAAGAGUUUGUAUUGCUAAAUCAGCUUUCACUGUGAUCAAGGAAAUCUCACUUUUUCAUGUCA